AUAAAGAUUUCUAUGUUUUAAUUUUUUAAAUAUUUUGCUUAAGUUAUUUUAGAAAAUGGAGUUUGCUAUCAUGCAUUUUAUAAAUGAUAACUCUGUAGCAAUUGUACCAGUGAAGUGGAUUGUCAAUGUGAAUUUCUGUUACUGGCCCCCUUAUCGUGGUAGUCGAUUAGAAAACUCUAUACAAAAAAAAGAAGAGCCCAAAUUAUCUUGGGAACAGCUGCCAGCUAGAUCAUUACAUUUAUAUGCAAGCCAUGAAAAAGCACAUCAAAAUUUAAAACAAGCGGAGUUAGAUACCUCAGCUCUUGACACAGAUCAUGAUGAACAAAUUUCUAUGUCAAAAAAGCGGCGAAAAAAUUUUUCAUUGUCUAAUGAAGAACAUAUUGAGGACAAUCAUACAAAGCUUAAAUGUCCGAAUGUUCCACCAGGACUGGCAAACCCUUUAGUAAAAUCACUUGUUCAGCCUAAUAAGCUCACAUUUCAUCCUAGGCUAAGAAAUACCAAUAAUACAACUAAACCAUUUCAGGCAGUAGUAUCAAAUACAAUUUCAGGGGAGAAUAUAAUAAUGGAUUCAUCAGCAAGUUGUGAGAUCGCUUUCCCAGAAAAAAGAAAUCAGGAGUUAAAUAUGUCUGAUGAAGAAAAUGAAGAUUUCACGAUACAUUCUUGCACAGCUAAAUCACCAGAAACUGACAAUUUGAUUGAUCAAGCUCAGCCAAAUUUUAGUUUGUAUUCCAAUUUAAAAGCAUCACUAAUUCAUCUCCGUCAACCCCAAAUGCAAUCUCAGGAAUACUUCCAAAAGAUCUGCAUGUGAUUCUAAGCAGACUUGCAUCAAUAGAGACAAAGCAGGCCAUGCAUUCACAAAUUUUGAAUUCAAUCCUUAAUGCUGUAACUCAGCAUAAAAGUUAUGAUACUUUGCCUGAAGGCAUAAAUCUUCCUCUUGAUUGUAUACAAGAAUUAAAAGAUUUUGAUGAGAAACUAAAAGAAAAUAGCACUUUCAAGUUAUUAGUUAAUCAUCUUGCUCAAAUUGGUGGAAGAAAUAUUGGUGAUACAACGCGUAGAUUGUU